AUGAUGAGAUGGUCAGUUGAGCUAGGAGAAUUCGACGUACAUUACAAGCCAAAGCCUGCUAGCAAAGCUUGGGUGCUGGCCGACUUCAUGGUGGAACAGUCCUAUGAAACAACUGAAGAACCAAAGGUCUGGACACUACAUGUGGAUGGAUCAUCUAAUGCAAUCGGAGGAGGAGCAGGGCUAAUCCUUACUGCGCUAGAUGGUUUAGAAACACUGUAUGCGCCGAGGUUGGAGUUCACGACAACUAAUAAUGAUGCUGAAUAUGAAGCCCGAUUGGCAAGUCUACGCCUGGUAGAGUCCCUCAGAGUGGCUCGGAUUCAUGUGUCGAGUGAUUUACAAUUGGUGGUGGAGCAAGUGAAGGGAGAAUUUGAGGCUAAGGAACAGAAAAUGAAGAAAUACCUAGCAAAAGCGCAAAAGUACAUCAAAACAUUUGCUCAGUUUGAUAUAGAGCACGUACCACGAUCGGAGAACGGAAAGGCUGAUACACUAGCAAGAUUGGCCUCAGCUACAAAGCUAGAUUGGAAGAGCUCCGUUUACUUGGGAGGAGUUGGGAAGCCUUCCUACGAGGAGGUUAGUAUGAACUUGGUGGUGGUUGAAGCUAACGAAGGGGAAUGGAGAACCCCCCUAAUACAAUACCUUUUGGACGGGUCUUUAUCGAACGAUAAGAAGCAGUCUAUGAAGAUAAGAAGGAGGGCAACCCGGUACACACUCAUAAACCAAGAGUUGUAUAGGUCAUCCCUGACAUUGCCAUACCUGUGUUGCUUAGGUGCUGAAGAAGGAGAAUACGUGCUAAAGGAAAUUCAUGAAAGAAUAUGCGGAAAUCACCUUGCCAGCAGGGCGUUAGCCCACAAGGCUUUGCGGCAAGGGUUCUACUUGCCCACCAUGAAGAAAGAUGCGCUUGAAAUGGUUAAACGGUGCAACAGGUGCCAGAGGUGCGCCGGAAUACCACGCAUGCCGGCUAGUAUUCUCUCCCCCUUGACGAGCCCUUGUCCCUUCGCUCAAUGGGGACUAGAUAUUCUGGAACCAUUGCCUUAA